AUGAGGUCUACUGAUUCGCCGCCAACGAUCCAUCCACCGGUGGUCGAGCGCUUGCGCAUCGCUGUCCGUGAGCGACCGGCAUCGGAUGAGGAGACGCCGUUGACACAGGUGCAACUCCGCACCGAUCAAGAUAAGCUCAUUGCCUUUGCCCCACAUGCCGCGGAUGGGCUCAUGUACGACUUUGACUACUUUUACCCACAAAAUGCGCGCCAGAAUGACGUCUUUUGCACUAUUGGACUCGAGAUGAUCGACUUGGUCAUGGGCGGGCUCAGCGCCAACUGCAUUGCCAUGGGCUACGCGGAGACGGGCAAGACCCACACACUCUUUGGAAGCCCGAACGAGUCUGGGCUCAUCCAAGACACUGUGCGGGAACUCUUCCGCCGACUGGAGGCGCAGCAGGACACGCAUGAGUACAGCGUCGGCUUCUCGUACUGGGAGAUGAACUGCAACGGCGUCCAUGACAAUCUUGCGAUUGACGAGGCAGCGUUUGCAGACGGUAGCGCUGCAGCGAGCGGCACCGCACGCGACCACGCUGUCUAUCGCGAUGGCUUUGGCCGUCUGUACCUCUCGCAUGUGGCAGAGAUACCAGUGAAGGACUUUGGUGCCUUCGAGGCGCUGCUGAACCAAGGUAACGAGCGUCGUGUGAGGCGCGGCUACGCUCGACAGUUUCGCUGGCAUGGGUUUGUGCAACUCUCUCUCAUGACCCUUGACAGACACGCUGGUGAGCAGUGCGUGCUGCGUCGUGUGACGUUUGUGCAUACAAAAGGCUCAGAAAGAGUCGGCGCCAACAGAGCACCAAAGCAGGUUCUGCGGGAGGGCAGCCAGGUGAAUGUGAGUAGCACGUUGUUGAACGCGGCAGUUAUUCACUCGCUCGAGUACCGCGCCAAGCGGGUUGGUCAGUGCCGCACCCAGGCACAGCUCCACCGCCUGAUUCAACGAAGCGAGUCGUUUUUCAUGGAGUGCCGCUACACACAACUGAUGUCGCAACUCAUGUGCGGACAUGAGGCGUGCUUCGUCAUAGGCUGCGUGGACCCUCUGUCGUACAGUGAAACAACCGAGACGCUAGAGAAUCUGCAGCUGUAUCGCAACCUGGUAGCGGCCUGCGUGCCAGUGUUGACGCCGUCGGAGCGCGGACGACUGCUGCAGCAACUGCGCGCCAUGGAGACGGCGAUGGGCAGGGAGGAGGUACUUCAGCUGAUGCACCUCGGUACGUCUGGACGCCCCCGCACUGAGCAGGAGGAAGCUUUAAUCUCCUUGCGCGGUCAGUUGGAGGUGUGGGGUGGAGGCAACGCAAGCGUGGAGCCGCAGAGCUGUACUUUGAAGGACACGCCUACGCCCUGUGGCGUCGAUGCUGAUGACCGUAGCACCCGCAAAAUCGUCUUUCUGAACCCCGCCAAGACGGCCACCUACGAAGGACAGUGGAAGGGCGCAGUGUUUGACGGAUUCGGCGAGCACAUCCAGUCUAACUUCAAGUACCGCGGCGAGUUCCGCAGCGGCAAGCGUGAGGGACACGGUGCCCUUUUCCUGCGCGACGCCAAAGAGAGUCCGUAUCGUCGCGUGUACGAGGGCGAGUGGCUUGGCGGGCGGCGCGAUGGUCGUGGAACGCAGUGGGGCAGGGACGGGGAGGUCUAUGAGGGCGACUUUGCCGCGGAUGAGCGACAUGGGCUGGGGAAGCUGUACCUCGCAAACGGGGACGUGAUCAAGGGAAACUUCAGCCACAACAAGUGCGAGGGAUGGGCAGUGCUACAGCAGAGAAACGGUGAUUGGUUUGAGGGGUACUGGACGAGCGGCGAGCGCGAGGGCCCCGGUGUGUGGCACUACGUGAGCCGCCAGCGGUGCCUGCGCGGCGAGUGGCAUCGCAACGUGGCGGUGCUAGGCACCAUGGAAGAUGACCCAGACAAGAUCGACGAUAGCACUGGCCCUUUCAUUCCUCGCCUGGGGCUUCUGAACAGCGACGACAUUCUUGCGCAGCAGCGAAAGCGACUUAUGGAGAAGCGCCGCUUGGAGUUUGCGGCGGCUGGGAAGACGUGGGUCGACUACGCCGCGAUGGACAAGAGGUGCACCGUCCCGACAGCUGCGGCAGCGACGCCGAUGGCUACCAGCGAGCAUGCCGCUACUGCUGACGCUCGGGCCAUCUGUGGACUGGAAAUUGAGUAG